AUAUCAUACUUAUAUAAAAAUCUAUUUAUUAUCACUUUAAUAACAGGUACUUUAAUCUCAAUUUCCUCCGAAUCCUGACUUGGAGUUUGAAUUGGAUUAGAAAUAAAUCUUUUAUCUAUUAUUCCCCUGAUAAAUAACAGAAAAGAUUUAAAAUCAACAGAAGCCUCUUUAAAAUACUUCAUUGUUCAAGCAAUAGCUUCAAUAAUUCUCCUGAUAGGAUUCCUAAUUAAUACAAUUAAAAUUAACCUCCCUAAUAAUUUACUUUUAGAAAAUCUUCCCUCAAGAAUUAUCACAACAUCUUUAAUAAUUAAAACAGGAGCGGCCCCUUUCCAUUUUUGAUUUCCUGAAGUCAUAGAAGGAUUAAAUUGAAUAAAUGCUUUAAUUAUACUAACCUGGCAAAAAAUUGCUCCAAUAACAAUUAUCAUAUACACACACUCAAAUGAAAUUUUGAUCACAACAGUAAUUAUAUUCUCAGUAAUCACUGGAGGAUUAAUAGGAAUUAAUCAAACAAGAUUACGAAAAAUCAUAAGAUAUUCAUCAAUUAACCACAUCGGCUGAAUGAUAGCAGCCCUCCUCUUUACAGAAACACUUUGAAAAUGAUAUUUCCUAAUUUACUCUGCUAUAAACAUAGCAAUUAUCUGAAUAUUAAGAAAAUUUAACAUUUCAAGAAUUCCACAACUUAUAGCUAUAAGAAAGAACAACCCCAAAAUAAAAACAUUCUUCAUAUUCAACUUCUUUUCAUUAGGGGGACUCCCUCCUUUUAUUGGGUUUCUUCCAAAAUGAUUAACCAUUCAAGUUAUAGUACUUAACGAAAUAUACCUUACAGGAGCAAUAAUAAUUAUUAUCACGUUAAUCACCUUGUAUUUUUACAUACGAAUUACCAUACCAUUAAUUACCUUAUCUUCGUCAAGAAGGAGAUUAAACCUCAGAAACCAACAAUUUAAAAGUAAAAACAUAAUAAGAUUAAAUUCAAUCCUGCUAACAGGCCUACUAUUCUCAACAAUAGCAUUCAAUUGAAUUUAA